AGAAAGUGAAUUGCUUCUCCCCUGGAGGGAUUGGACCACUGAUAUUUAUGUGCUUAAACCAUUCUUACACAAUAAGUGACAUCAUGCCAACAGUCUGUAUCCAGCAGCUUGGCCAAUUCUACCUGGACUGUCUAAGGUGAAUAGCUGGCAUAAAAUGACAAGAUCUCAUCCCAAACACCGAAAUCCUGCAGUGUUAUGGGAUCAAAGACUCAGUGAUGAUUAUACGAGUUUAGCUGUGAUUUUGCAGUCACCUGGCUUGGAAGAAGGAUGAAAGGAUGCCCAAAACUAUCUUUAAUGUCCUCUCCUGCUUGGAAUCAACUACCCUAUUUUAACCCGAGAAGCCCACAGCUGAUUUACAUCUGGCUGUGACUGCUCAUGCCAGGACAUGGAGGAGAAAUGAUCACUGCCUUCCCUUGACAGUAAGCCUUUUGGUGAACAGAGUCAAUGGCAUCUCUCAAUUCUCUCCUCAUCACCCUCCUGCUGUUGGUUUCCAUCAACUUCCUAGAUGCACAAGAAAUCACAACGGUAGAUUGUAACAAAUCAGAUUCAAACACCCUAGAAUUACCAGAACUUGAAGAGGAAUACACAGGAGAUAUUGAGUUGAUUACAAACAUUCCCCAAAAUGUGACGCUGAAACUGGAGUUCUCCUUAUAUCCAGAACACGCAGAGUAUUUAGAGUUGUUGCAUAGCCCUGGAUCUAGCAUUGCAACUGUGAGGACUACUAAACCAUUGGAUUUGGAAGCUAUUAAUGGGCCUUUACUCUACAGUGUUACUUGCCAAAGGAAUGGCAAUAACGUGGUUUACAUCAAUAAGCGGAAACUCAGUUUGCUGGAUAUCAAUGAUAAUUCCCCAGUUUUCCUAAACUCAUCUUAUAGCAUUUCAAUAUUAGAGACAUUUCCAUUACACAACACCGUGAUAAGAGUGGAAGCCACCGAUAAGGAUUACUCCCUUGACUAUCACCUUAUUCAGUACAGCCUUCUGGGUCAAAAUGCAGAGUAUUUCAGCAUCAAAGAAGGCGAUGGGGUCAUUACGCUGAAAAAGUUCCUGGAUUUCAACAAGAUACAGCAAUACAAUCUCACAGUAAAAGCCCAGGAAAGAUUUGGAAAUAAUAGUGGCACUGCAACUCUGCUAAUUGCUGUCCAAGAUUAUGACACAAUGAACCCUUACUUUAUUCACUCCAUCUACAAAGCAAACAUCUUGGAAAAUCAGAUGGGUAAACUGACAUUAUCCCCAGAGGAAAUAAAAGCUAUAGAUGGAGAUAUAGGCAUAAACGAAAAAGUAUACUAUGAAGUCAAGCGAGUGGAUCCCGCAGUAUAUAGCAGUAACCUCUCGAUCAACGCUAACAGUGGAGCACUAUUCUUAAAAAAUGCCCUUGACAGAGAAGUGAUUUCCCAUAUUACUGUGGAAAUUAAGGCAACCCAGCAAGAUAAUGAGCUUAAAACAGCAAAUGCUAUGGUGUUAGUUAGUAUCCAAGAUGAAAAUGAUAAUCUUCCAGAAUUUGAACGGUCAAGUUACAUGGUGUCAAUUCCAGAAAAUUCUCCAGAUGGGACAACGGUCUUUCAUAUAAAAGUAACAGACAAAGACGAGGGAGGCUUCAAUGGAACACUACACAUUCUCCCAGAAGACAGUGCUUUCCAGAUAAAUGAUGCUGGAAUGAUCAGUGUAAAGAACUCUUCAGUACUGGAUCGGGAACGGAUAGGGAAAUAUACUCUGCAGGUUAAAGCUACAGAUCAUUUGCCCCCGCAUUCUGAGGCCCAAGCUGUCAUCACUAUAUCCCUGCUGGAUGAAAAUGAUAACAGCCCAGUCUUUAAAGGCACUCCUUAUGAACAAACUAUUUUCUCCAACAGGACUGUGGGAAUGACCAUUGUUCAGAUUGUGUCUCAUGAUGAGGAUGAUGGUAAAAAUGGAAUUAUCAGCCUUACCCUGACAGGUGGCAAUGAAAAGGGUUAUUUUGAAUUAAAUGUAACAUCAGGGAUCAUCACUUUAAAAAAAGACAUUAUUUUAGAGGCCAACAGAUUUGAACAGUUCACUUUAUGGAUCACAGCGACAGAUGCUGGGGAUGUUCCAAGGAGUUCUUCAGUUCCAGUGCAUAUUCUGGUCACUGGGGAAUCCAAACCUUACUUUGUUCACAGAUCAUACAAUGGGUUUGUGGAGGAAGAAAAGAGUAGUCCGGUGAUAGUAGUACAAGUGGAAUUUGUCUCUCUCAAUCCCAUUAUUCCAGUUUCCCUGCAAGUGCUGACCGAAUCAGACACAUUUGCUAUCGAUUCUAAUGGGACCAUCUGGACCAAAACCAGGUUGGACUAUGAACUUCAGCAAUCCUACAUCCUAAAUGUUUCUCUAACACAAAGGGAUGUGAUCGACUACAGCACCGUCCUGGUCAACGUAACUGAUAUUAAUGACAAUCCACCCAGUUUCAACAUGCUCAAUCGAACCAUCCACGUCCUGGAAAGCCAACGGGUGGAAAUUACUCUCCUGAACGCUUCUGCUAUUGAUGCGGACAGUGGAUACAAUGGUCUCGUGUCCUACUCUCUAAAGGGUGGAGAAAGUAAAAUAGACAUUGACUCGGUAACGGGGUUCAUCACACUGAGAAAGGAUCUGGACAGAGAAAUGCAAGCCCUGUAUAACUUAACAAUUACAGCUAGUGACCAAGGUCAGCCACCUUUAACUACUGAGUUGAACAUCACUGUCAUUGUGGAAGAUGUGAAUGACAACAAGCCCAUUUUUGAAAUGAGUAAAUACAAUGUGACAGUCCAUGAGAAUGCAGCCAUUGGAACAGUAUUGCUGGCAACCACUGCUACUGAUUUGGAUGUUGGAGCGAAUGCUGAAGUGAAGUAUGCAAUUGCAUCAGUAGACCCUUCUUCUGCGUCUCCCAUGUUCAGCAUUAAUACAACCACUGGGCAGCUCAGCCUGAGCCAGCCUCUGGAUUUUGAGACCAUAAAAUGGUUUAAAAUAGAGGUGAAAGCAUCAGAUGGAGGAAAUCCCAGUCUACACAGUUUAACCUCUGUCUUCAUCCAAGUGCUGGAUGUCAAUGACAACCCCCCAGAGUUCAGCCAAUCAAUAUACAAUAUUUUCGCCCUGGAAAAUUCACAGAGCAACAGUGUCAUUUUCAGGCUGAAAGUGACCGACAAGGAUGAGGCUGGCUUCUCCCAGGGACAUUUUGUUCUUAAUAGUACUGUGUUUGAUGUGGACAAGAAUGGAGUACUCUCGCUAAUGAAUGGAGUAGAACUAGACAGAGAGACUGUUCCUGGAUUCAUUCUCCAAGUUUGGGCCGUUGAUGCUGAAAUAGAUGGGCUCAGUUCAAGUGCCUGGUUAAAUAUAACAGUCCUGGAUGUCAACGACAACAACCCCGAGUUUCAGGAACAGCCAUUCAGCUUCACCAUCCCCGAAGGAAGGUACGGAGCAGACGUGUCAACUGUAGUGGGAAAAGUAGCUGCCACUGAUUUGGAUGAUGGAGAUAAUGCACUUAUCUCUUUUCACCUCUGCUCGGAGACCGAAGAGAAUGUAUUUAGCAUCAAACAAAGUGGCAAUAUUUUGGUGGUCAAUUCUCUGGACAGAGAAGUGCAAGACACAUAUAAACUCUUGUUAGUGGCAUCAGACAGAGGAACACCUCAGAGACAGAAUUACACUUAUGUCACCAUCGGCAUUUUAGAUGUUAAUGAUAAUCCACCACAGUUUACCAAAUCAGAGUAUUCUGCCAAAAUUCGGGUUACAACCGCCCAAGAGGGAGAUUUUGUACUUUCUGUAUUGGCCACAGAUCUGGAUCUUGGGAAUAAUUCCCUCAUUUCAUAUAGCUUCAGUACCCCAUCAGAAGACUUUGUCAUAGAUGAACAGACUGGAAGAAUUACUCUCUCCAGGAAUCUGAUCCAUGUAAUGGCUGACACAGUGAUUGCAUUGACAGUUGUGGCCACUGACCAUGGUGUAUCUCCCCUCACAUCUAAUGCCUCAGUUGCUCUCUACUUACUGGUAAAUGACACCGACUUCAAACUGACAUUUGAGAGAUCCAGCUAUGACUUCAGUCUUGAAGAAGAGGGGCCGAUCAACGCUCUAGUAGGUUCUGUGAAAGCCUUAACAGGAAGUAUUGCCGUUACGGUCACUUACGCCCUCUCGUCAUACCUGGACAACUUCUCUAUUGAUGACCAAGGAAACAUUGUGACUGUGGCCCGCUUAGAUCGAGAAGAGCAGGAUCUUUACAGCUUUGUUGCCGAAGCUGUUGAUUCCAGCACGCCACCCAAUACGGCAGUCACCAUGAUAACAGUCACCAUAAGGGAUAUCAAUGACAAUCCUCCAGUCUUCUCUUCGUUAAUACCAACCACACUCUCGUGCCCAGAGGGUCAGAACUCUACAGACUUUGGCAUCUUCUCAGCUACAGACCGAGACAUAGGAGAUAAUGCUCGGAUAACCUACUUCUUGGAAGAUGACUUUGGAGGGACAUUUCAGAUCAACAAUUCAACUGGGAGACUAAUUACAGGCAAAACUUUGGACAGAGAAACAAAGGACAAUUACACAUUGAAAAUAUUAGCCACAGAUAUGGGGAAAAUGCAACUCUCUGCAACCCUAAAUCUCAGCCUCACGGUGGAAGAUGUGAAUGAUAACCCUCCAACCUUCCCUCAGGAGUCUUUCAGAAUAACAGUGAAGGAGAAUGAGCCUCCCCAGACAAUUUUGAAUGUGACAGCUACGGACAAAGACAUUGGCUACAAUGCAGCUAUUCACUAUUCUAUUGUAGAAACUACUUCUUUAUUUUUCAUUGGAGAACUUUCUGGGAAGAUUGGAACACUUCAACCUUUGGAUUAUGAAACUUCUGCUCAGUAUACAUUUACAGUGAGGGCUUUUAAUCCAGGAGAUCUACAGUUGCAGGACACAGCCCAGGUUAUAGUUUCUGUAGAGGAUGUAAAUGAAGAGGGACCACAGUUUGACAAACCUUCAUACUACAGGUUUCUCCUAGACAACUCUACGGUCAACACACUCGUGGUAGAUCUGGAUGCAACAGAUGAAAACCAAAGGCCUGAUGAAGGAAUUUACUAUAACAUCACAGAUGGAAAUUUUGAAGGCCUCUACAAGAUAACAAGCUCAACAGGACAAAUCACUUUAACCAGAGACCUAACAAAACUUAACACCACAGUAAUGAAUUCCCUGACAGUCAGCGCCAUGGAUUCCGGUCAGCCACCCCUAUCAACUUCAGUUAAGGUGUCAGUAUUGAUCGCCCCCACCAACACCUCAAUCCCAGUGUUCCCAGCGGAGGUGUUUCAGCCGGAUCCCCUGAGUGAGAAGGUGCUACCAGGAGCGAUAGUGACUCAGGUCAUAGCGCUGUACAAAGGACCAGUGAUAUACAGUAUUUCCUAUGGAAAUGAGAAAGAUUACUUCAAGAUCAGUGAAUACACAGGUAUAAUAAGUACAAAAAAGAACAUAACUGUAGAAGACUUUCCAAUUGAGUUUCAAGUUCGGGCUGCAGAUACCAAGGACCUCAACAUCUACAAUGAAAUGGCUGUGCAAGUGCUGGUGGUGGAUGAAAAUGACUUCCCUCCCACUUUCCCUAAAUCCCUGUUUGUGGAAUCAUUAGAAGAGAACACAGCACCUACUGAAAUUAUUCAUCUGAAAGCACAGGAUAAUGACAGUGGGAGCAAUGGCUUAUUAACCUAUGGCAUUCUAAGUGGAGACCGACAGAAAUUCAAAAUAAAUGCUACCACUGGGAUGCUUUCUUCAAUAGUUUCAUUUGAUUAUGAAGAAGGACAUAAUGAGUACCAGAUUGUGGUCUCUGCUGAGGAUGAUGGUAUCCCAGAGAAGAAGAUGGGCUACUGCACUGUCAUCCUGAAUAUUUUGGAUAAGAAUGAUCAUGCUCCAGAGUUUGAAUCUGUGGACACCUUUACUGUGAAAGAGAACUCUCCCAAUGGGACAGCUGUUGGAAGAGUCAUUGCUUUGGACAGGGACUCUGGUGAUAAUGCGUUCAUACUCUAUGCUAUUUUAGAUGGUGGAGAAAACAUGUUUUACAUAGAUGUAAUACUUGGAAACAUUAAGGUUAAGAAUCCCCCAGACUAUGAAAAGCAAAAUCAGUAUAUCCUUACAGUGAGUGCAACAAAUAAUAAAUCGGCUCCUUUUUAUCAGACGAAUAAAACAGUCACUAUCAACAUAGUUGAUUUAAAUGACAACCCUCCACGUUUUACUCAGGAUGAUUAUUCUGCCACUGUGAAUAUGGUUAAUCCUGUAGCUUCCAGUGUCAUAACCGUUAAAGCCAUAGAUGGGGAUCAAGGGGACAAUGCUGCGGUAGAGUAUUCUAUACUUCCUGAUGUUACGAUUAGCCAGAAUUUCCUCAUUGACAAUCCAAAUGAAGGGAGAAUCCUAGUCAUUGGAAAUCUAUCGGUGUCUGGAGAGAUCCUUUUGACGGUGAUGGCCAAAGAUAGAGGUUCCCCUCCAUUAAAUGAGACUGCCGUGAUUACACUGAACGUGAUAGACAACCGUCCAUUCGUCCCCCAGUUUGAUCAGAAUGAAAUGAGCACAAAUGUGAAAGAAAAUACAGGAGUUGGAUAUUUAGUUCACACUUUUGUGGUGGCUGGAACUUCGGGGAAACAAAUUGAUUACAAAAUUGUAGCUGGCAAUGAACUUGGACAUUUUAAUUUGGAUGGGAAGAGCGGGCAGCUAAAAACCACAGUCAAUUUAGACUACGAGGAGACCCCUAAGUAUUCCAUUGUUGUUGAGGCGACUGAAAGGAUUUUUCUCACCUCAGAGGACCAGCAGUCAGGUCUCUUUGAUAAAAAUGUGGCACAGUUAAAAGUUUGCGUUGAAGAUGUAAAUGAAGCCCCAUCAUUUUUGAACAAAUACUACUCGGCUAGAGUCCCAAGCUCCGUUUUCUACAGAUUCCCAGUAAUUCAAGUUCAGGCCACAGAUCCAGAUUUAGGGAUCAACGGAUCACUGCGCUACAAACUGGAUGAUCACACUGCUACGUUUGACAUAGAUGAAAAUUCAGGGCAGAUUUUUGUGGUGUCAGCAAGAAGUAAGAAGGGAACACUUUCCCUGACAGCUGAGGCAACAGACCAGCAAGGUCGAGGACUCACAGCACGAACCAAUGUGGAGCUAACCAUUGAACCCAGUUCAGAAGAUAACAUUGUGGUCCUUUUUCUAAAUCAGAAAAUUAAUGUAGUUGAAAAAAAUAUUCUCCCAACAAAAAGGGUUCUAGAGGAAAAUCUCCUGUGGACCGUUUACAUCAUUGACUUAUACUCAGUUCCCAGAGAAAGAAGAGCCAGGAGCAGUGAUGGGAUGGCAUAUAUGAAGAUCAUUGCAGUCGAGCAGAAAUCCCAAGCAGUGGCGUCGGGGGAGGUGGAAAGAAAACUCGAACAACAAAAGAAACAAAUUCAAACUCAGCUGGAAAAAAUAUUUGGGCCGUCUGUGACUUUUUCAGUGGAAAAACCCCCUGAACACUCUGCAUCCUCUGAACUCAUAGCAACUAUUGUUCUCAGUGUCCUCCUGGGCUGCAUCCUCUUCGCUUUUGUUGCAUUUGUGGCUGUUACAGUCAAAAGAAACAAAGAAAAAGCUUCACUUGAAGAUUCAGGGGAAACCACCCAGAAUCCUUAUGCAGAGGAUGCUGAUAAAUUUUCAAAUCCAUGUGAUUCAGGGAAACAUGAAGACAAGAAUUUCCAACUGGAGGCUUUGGAUGGACAAAAUUCAGAGGAAACCAAGGAAAAACAAGGGUGGCAGUCUCUGGAUGACCUUCUCUUGGGUAGCCUUAAUGAAGAGGAUGAAAGUAUAGUUCUGAAGAAUAUCAAAAUAUCCAAGCUGGCUACAGAACCCCCGGAAGAUAAGACAUUCCCGACGCUUAAAAAGGAUGAAGACCCAAAUGGUCCCCACACAUAUUCUACCAUAAUUUCUGACCCAAAGAAAGACCUGAAAGGAGUGAGGUUUUCUGAAAUUGUAGUUGUUUUGGAUCCGGAUGAAAGUAGUGUCUCUAAUCUUGAAAUAAAUUACAAUGAAGAUGCUGCCAGUGAAAAAUCUCAAAACAUCACCAUUUUCUAAAGACUUGCUCUAAGAUUCAUGAUAAAAUUCAGAAAAAUAAACAAAGCAAUUGAUCUUUCUAGUCCUUUGCAAUGUCAAAGUCAAAUAACUUUUCUAAAAUUAAACCUGAGUUCCUGGAAUUUAAAAAAUAUGCCUAAGCAUAUUUUCUGCCACUAAUGAUAUUAAGCUGGGAAUUAAAUUCUUUGAAUCUGUGCAAAUGUUAAUUAAAUAUCUGUGUUUAUGGUGAUCAUUUUAAAAAUUACACCUAUACUCAGGAUUUUGUUUAGUCCAGACCUUCAGAGCGCCGGACCAAAUAAAAUGACUGGUGUCAUGGAUAA